UUUAUAUUAUUUGUAGGCAUUUUAAUUUUUGUCAUAUUUCACGUGAGCCGGCUGUCAUACAUUGAAAUGGUUUUUCAAUAAAUAAAAGUGAACAUUACUUUGAAUUAUCGCAACUGCAAACUCAUCAUACAAAACAAACGCAAGCACCCACACGCCGGCAACAACAACGCGAAAGAGACAGAAAACAAUAACAACCGCAAUGACAAUGGCACGGGAACUUAUUAAAAUUGAUAUAGAAUGGGGCAUGGAACGCUUGGUGCGAGCCCAACAGGUCGUCGAGCUACGCCCAUAUGACAUCGAGUCUUGGUCGGUGAUGCUACGCGAGGCGCAGACACGGCCCAUACAUGAGGUGCGCAGUCUGUACGAGUCGCUGGUUAAUGUGUUUCCCACAACGGCACGCUACUGGAAGCUCUACAUUGAGAUGGAGAUGCGUAGUCGCUGCUAUGAGCGUGUGGAGAAGCUCUUCCAGCGUUGCCUGGUCAAAAUACUUAAUAUAGAUCUAUGGAAGCUCUAUUUGACCUAUGUGAAGGAAACCAAGGCGGGCCUAAGCACGCACAAGGAGAAAAUGGCACAGGCCUAUGAUUUUGCGCUGGAAAAGAUUGGCAUGGAUUUACACUCGUUCAGCAUUUGGCAAGACUACAUUUAUUUUCUGCGCGGCGUUGAAGCUGUGGGUAAUUAUGCAGAGAAUCAAAAAAUUACCGCCGUGCGUCGUGUGUAUCAAAAGGCUGUGGUCACGCCCAUUGUGGGCAUAGAACAGUUAUGGAAAGACUACAUAGCCUUUGAGCAACAAAUUAAUCCCAUAAUAUCAGAGAAAAUGAGUCUGGAGCGUUCCAAAGAUUAUAUGAAUGCGCGACGUGUGGCCAAGGAGCUGGAGUAUCAUACCAAAGGUCUUAAUCGCAAUUUGCCUGCAGUGCCGCCCACGCUGACCAAAGAGGAAACCAAGCAAGUGGAAUUAUGGAAACGUUUCAUAACAUAUGAGAAAUCAAAUCCAUUGAGGACAGAGGAUGCUGCAUUGGUUACACGUCGUGUUAUGUUUGCCACAGAGCAAUGUCUGUUGGUGCUGACACAUCAUCCGGCGGUCUGGCAUCAGGCCUCUCAAUUUCUGGACACAAGCGCACGCGUGCUUACCGAGAAAGGCGUGCGUAGACAUAUUUAUUUAUGGCCAAAGAAAAACGAACUCACAUAUUUGCAAAUAGAGCGCAAAAAAUUUCCCAAAACCAAAUUUUGUUCUCUUGAUGUGCAAGCUGCUAAAAUAUUUGCAGAUGAAUGCGCCAACAUAUUGGAACGAUCCAUUAAUGGUGUGCUCAAUCGCAAUGCGUUGCUUUACUUUGCAUAUGCGGACUUUGAAGAGGGACGCAUGAAGUAUGAAAAGGUGCACUCCAUGUACAACAAGCUGCUGACGCUGCCCGAUAUUGAUCCCACACUGGUGUAUGUGCAGUAUAUGAAGUUUGCGCGUCGUGCCGAGGGCAUCAAGUCGGCUAGAAGCAUUUUCAAAAAGGCACGAGAAGAUGUGCGUUCACGCUAUCAUAUAUUUGUGGCAGCCGCGCUUAUGGAGUACUACUGCUCCAAGGAUAAGGAGAUUGCAUUUCGCAUCUUUGAGCUGGGCCUGAAGCGUUUCGGCGGCAGUCCCGAAUAUGUCAUGUGCUAUAUAGAUUAUCUCUCCCAUUUGAAUGAGGAUAACAACACGCGUGUGCUGUUCGAGCGUGUCCUCAGCUCUGGUGGCCUGUCGCCGCAUAAGAGUGUCGAAGUAUGGAAUCGCUUCCUAGAGUUUGAAUCCAAUAUUGGCGAUUUGUCCAGCAUACUAAAGGUGGAACGCAGACGUAGUUCAGUGUUUGAGAAUCUAAAAGAGUAUGAGGGCAAGGAGACGGCACAGCUUGUGGAUCGGUACAAGUUUUUGGAUCUAUAUCCUUGCACCAGUACAGAACUUAAAUCAAUUGGCUAUGCUGAGAACGUGGGUAUUAUAUUGAAUAAAACAACAGCGAUUAAUGCUACUGGCGUGAACUGUCAAAGCAAUGGCGAUGCGGAGGCAGAUGGUGAGGCUACACAGCCGCUACCUCGUCCAGAUUUUACGCAGAUGAUUCCCUAUAAGCCUCGCUCAUGUGCCCAUCCAGGCGCACAUCCGCUGGCUGGCGGUGUUUUUCCACAGCCGCCAGCUUUGGCGGCAGUCUGUUCUGCCUUGCCACCACCGAAUAGUUUCCGCGGUCCUUUUGUCAGCGUGGAGCUGCUGUUUGAUAUUUUCAUGCGUCUCAACCUGCCAGAAACUGCGCCGCAACCCAAUGGCGACCAUGAGCUUACGCCCAAAAUCUUCGAUCUGGCCAAAUCGGUGCAUUGGAUUGUGGACACCAGCACGUAUACGGGCAUACAGCAUAGUGUGACAGCAUUGCCACCUAGAAGGCGUCGCCUGCUGCCUGGUGGCGAUGAUAGCGAUGAGGAGAUGCAGACCGCCACACCGCCCACGCACGACAUAUAUCGAUUACGACAACUGAAACGUUUUGCCAAGUCCAACUGAAAUCUCUUCCUCUGUUGGCUUCCUCAUUUUUUUUCAGAGUUUUUGUAACACAAAAUAGUUUAAGCGAAAAAAUCAUUUAUAAAUAAACACUAUAUA